AUGGCCUCUCAGGCGUUCAGUGCAGACUCCUUCACCACUCUGGCCGCAGACUCGGCUCUCCCGAUCUUCAUGCACCACAGCUCCAGCAACGAGUGUCUGCCAGCUUCGUCCCACGCUCACAGCAUGGUAUCUGCAGUGUCGUCCGGUCUGGCUCUGGGUCAACCUACCAAGCGCCCCCACAUGCACCUCUCCAACUCUCUCGGCAACACCUUGGGCGGCAGCCCCUCGAGCCUCCAUUACCCCGUCACCCCGUGUCAUUACAGCAACCAGCCUGCGACCUACGGAAUAAUGGCAGCUCAGGAGAUGCUGUCGGCCAGUAUCUCUCAGACUCGCAUCCUGCAGACGUGCGGCGUCCCUCACCCCAACAUGGUCAACGCCGCAAAUCCACUGCAAGGUUCUCUGACUUCGUGCUUGUACAGGUUCCCAGAUCCUGGACUGAGCAGCAGCUCCUGUGCAUUAGGCCACAGUUUCUCCUCACUGCCCUCGGCCCUCCUGCUAACUGAUGAGGUCCCCGGGGGGCCCUUGCUGGGCGAGAUGAAAACCGACGCUCAAAGGAAGAGCCUGCAAGAUCUAGAGGACGCUCCGGCCAUGGACUCCCCGCAGAUCCGAGAGCUGGAGAUGUUUGCCAAUGACUUUAAAAUCCGCAGGAUCAAACUCGGUUACACGCAAACAAACGUGGGCGAGGCUCUCGCAGCGGUCCACGGUUCAGAGUUCAGCCAGACCACCAUCUGUCGCUUCGAGAAUCUGCAGCUGAGCUUCAAGAACGCCUGCAAGCUCAAAAGCAUCCUGGCCAAGUGGUUGGAUGAGGCCGAGUUGGCAGGUGCCUUGAACAACGACAAAAUAGGGCUGCACGAGCGUAAGCGGAAAAGAAGGACAACGAUCAGCCUGGGAGCCAAAGAAGCUCUGGAGCUUAGCUUUGUGGAGAAGUGUAAACCGUCCUCUCAGGAGAUCGCACGCAUCGCCAAAGGCCUGCAUCUAGAGAAGGAGGUCGUCCGGGUCUGGUUCUGCAACAGGAGGCAACGGGAGAAGCGGGUGAAAACCAGUCUCAAACUGAACUCGUGCCUCUCCAAAAUCAGCCCCAGCUGUAUCACGCAGAUGAGCAAAACACAACAGCAGCUGGUCUGA